CUCUUUUCUUGUCGAAGAAGAAGAAGAAGAAGAAGAAGAAGAUCACAAAGUUCAUCAUAACAGAGUCCGAGGAUGAAGCUACGGUUGAGACUUCACGAGACGAGAGAAACCCUAAAACUCGAAUUGGCCGAUACAGGAACUCUCAACGAUCUCCUGCGACGUAUCAAUCCCACGGCGCCUUCCUCCGUUCAUCUUUCGCUUAAUCGUAAAGACGAGCUUCUCGCGUCUUCGCCGGAGGAUACGCUCCGAUCUCUUGGUGUAACAUCCGGUGACCUUAUCCACUACUCUCUGGAUCAAUCUGCUUUUAUCGCAUCUGUUGAGGUUGCGGAGUCUUCGAAUUUGGAAUUGGGAUCGGAAAGUAAUCAGGCGGCGACUGUUCACGAUUCGAUGGGUAUUGGAUUCGCAGAGGUUGAUGAUGUUGUCCCAGAUCAAGCCAAACCGAAUCCGACUUCCACCGUGGAAGAUCCAGCAGAAGGAUCCAAGACGGGUAUAGAGAGUCCAGAGCCGAUGGAUGUGGAGGAGCUUGAUGACAUGGAAGACAUGGAGCUCGCUGCCGCUGAAAGCAAAAGGUUAAGUGAACCAUUCUUCUUGAGAAAUAUAUUGCUUGAGAAAUCUGGUGAUACCAGUGAAUUGACUACUUUGGCUUCCUCAGUUCAUGCGGUUAUGUUAGAAUCUGGAUUCGUGCUGUUCGAUUCAGGGUCUGAUAAGUUUAGCUUUUCAGAGAAGUUACUUACGGUUUCCCUAAAGUAUACUCUACCUGAGAUAAUUAAGUCUAAGGAUACCAAAACAAUCGAGUCUGUGACUUUGAAGUUUCAGAACUUAGGCUCUUGGGUUGUAGUUUACGGAACUGUAGGUGGGUCUAGUAGUGGGGGAGUUCACAUGAAUCUUGAUAAGCGUAGGUUUGUGCCCGUUAUAGAUAUGGUUAUGGAUACUUUGAAGUCUGACAAAGAAGGCUCUUCGAGGAUUUACCGUGAAGUGUUCAUGUUCUGGAGAAUGGUUAAAGAUGGUCUUGUUAUCCCGUUGUUAAUUGGUCUUUGCGAUAAAGCUGGCUUGGAACCUCCACCGUGCUUGAUGCGUUUGCCAACAGAUCUAAAGCUGAAGAUACUAGAGUUGCUUCCCGGCGUGAGUAUUGCGAAGAUGUGUUGCCUUUGUACUGAGAUGCGGUAUCUGGCUUCAGAUAAUGACUUGUGGAAACAGAAGUGCUUGGAAGAAGCUAAGAAUGUUGUUGGGACAGGAGAGGGUGAUUUGGUUAACUGGAAGGCAAGAUUUGCUGGUUUUUGGAUGCAUAACCAGCUUGCUGCUGCUUGGAGGCAUAAACAGUUUCCAAGAAGGGAUGUUUCCACGGGAAGAAGAGCUAUGCGAUUCCCUCGGAUCAUUGGAGACCCUUCUUUCACAUUGUUUCAUGGAGAUCGCUUGUAUGGAUCCCCUGGCCUUGGUAUUCACCCGGGACAACCAGCACGUGGGCUUGGCGGACGAACAUGGGGUCAGCAGUUUACUCCCAGGUGCAACCUUGGGGGAUUCAACUAGCUAGCAAACAUCCCGGGUGAGAAAAUGGAACUGGUGAAUCUGUUGAAGGUGGUAGGAGAAGUAGGUGUAUUGUAUAUGGCUUUUCCGAUAUCAGCAAAUAAAUGGGGAGGGAACUAGUAUGUUUGAUCCUUAUAAAGUUUCUUUGGUUUUAAAUGAUGUUCUCUUCUUUUUAUGCUUCAUGGUUGCUCUUUUAUGAGUUCUUUUUUUUUUUUUUCUCUGUAACCACCAGAUGUAUAAGUAAUUAAGUAUAAUAACAGGGCUUCUUAUUUUAUCAACAACAUGGCUUCUUAUAUUA